GCAGCGGCAUAACGUGCGUUGCGUCAUUGAGCGAUGACAAUUCACAAGGUCACUUGUCAUUGGGUAGAAUGAGGUCAGCAAGGGAAACUAUUGCAAUGCUAUACUGAAAAUGGCUCAUAUAUAAACGGGAUAUCCCCCCCGCUAUUCUUAAAUCCCCCAUUUCCCACUCUUACUAUCAUCCCUUACAUUAUUACAAUGGGCAUUCCUGACGAAAAAAUCCAUCCAGUUGCGACUGGAGUUGCUAUCAAGACCGUCGAGAAACAUCAAGAACCUCAGGAGCUAGUAUUUUACUCAGGAUGGUUCUGUCCAUUCAACCAGCGAACAUGGAUAUCUCUCGAAGAGAAGGGCAUCCCUUAUCAAUACAAGGAAGUGAAUCCUUACAAGAAAGAAAAACAUUUCCUUGAUAUCAACCCUAAAGGAUUAGUCCCAGCCAUUGAAUACAGAGGGAAGGCUUUAUACGAGUCGAUCAUCCUUUGCGAGUUUCUGGAGGACGCCUACCCUAGCCACAAGCCUCACCUUCUCCCGGUUGACCCAUUUGAUCGCGCUCAUGCGCGCAUUUGGAUUGACCAUUGCACGAAAACUAUAGUCUCAGCAACACACCGUCUUCUCCAAUCCCAGGACAAGGAGAGCCAGGACAACGCCCGUGAGGAGCUGUACGCAGCGCAAAGAAAACUUGCUAAAGAGGUCAAAGGCCCCUAUUUUAAUGGUGAAGAGUUUGGCCUGGUGGAUAUAUGCGUUGCGCCUUGGAUUGCGCGCGACUAUGUUGUCGCAGAGCACCGUGGAUACAAAAGGGAAGAUGCGAGCAAAGAAUGGAAGGAAUACGCUGAUAGGCUCUCACAACGUGAAAGUGUGGUAAAGACUAUGAGUGAAAGGGAGCACUUGAAUGUCAUUUACGACCGCUACCUUCGAGAUGAAGCUCAAAGCGAAGCUGCCAAGGCCACGAGAGCGGGAAGAGAAAUUCCUUGAACAAGUGAUCUACAUUCUGUUAUUGCUCAAGACUUUGUAUAUGCCAUUCCAUUAUAUCAUAUAAUGCAUUAUGUGUACCAAUUGUUGUAAAUCUGUGUGUAACAUCUUAUACAAGUAGUGUUUCUUUAUGUUGGCGUAUCCUCUUAUCAGCACAAAUAUAUGUAAACUUUCGUUUGUCUAAUGUUCAUGU